GUGUACGCUCGGGCAGAAGGAUAAUAUAAACGUUUUUUUGAAAGCUUGUGAACAGAUUGGAUUGAAAGAAGCCCAGCUUUUCCAUCCUGGGGAUCUACAGGAUUUAUCAAACCGAGUCACUGUCAAGCAAGAAGAGACUGACAGGAGAUUGAAAAAUGUUUUGAUAACUUUGUACUGGCUGGGAAGAAAAGCACAAAAUAACCCCUACUAUAAUGGUCCCUAUCUCAAUCUGAAAGCUUUUGAGACUCUCUUGGGCCAAGCUUUAACCAAGGCUCUUGAAGAUUCUAGCUGCCUGAAAAGAAGUGGCCGCGACAGUGGCUACGGGGACAUCUGGAGUCCCGACAGAGGAGAAUUUCCUGCCCCUCCAGGUAGCCAUAGGAGGGAAGAUUCCUUUGAAAGCCUUGACUCCUUGGGGUCUAGGUCACUGACCAGCUGCUCCUCAGAUCUCACGCUCAGAGGUGGGAAGGAAGGUUUCGAAAGUGACACAGACUGGGAAAUCACAUUCAAAAUGCAGGAUUAUAACAAAGAUGAUAUGUCCUAUCGAAGGAUUUCAGCUAUUGAACCAAAGUCUGCCCUACCAUUCAAUCACUUCUUGCCCAACAAAAGUAAGCAGCCAUCCUACGUGCCAGCGCCUCUGAGGAAGAAAAGGACAGACAAAAAUGAGGAUAACAGAAGAAGCUGGGCAAGCCCAGUCUACACAGACUCAGACGGGACAUUUUCAAGACUCUUUCAAAAGAUUUAUGGUGAGAAUGGGAGCAAGUCCAUGAGCGAUGUCACCGCAGAGGAUGUUCAGAACCUGCGUCAGCUGCGGUAUGAAGAGAUGCAGAAAAUAAAAUCCCAACUGAAAGAGCAAGAUCAGAAAUGGCAGGAUGAUCUUGCAAAAUGGAAAAGUCGUCGGAAGAGUUACACUUCAGAUCUGCAGAAGAAGAAGGAGGAGAGGGAAGAGAUCGAAAAGCAAGCCCUGGAGAAGUCUGACCGAAGCUCAAAGACCUUUAGGGAAAUGCUGCAGGACAGGGAAUCUCGAGGUCUGAAUUCUACAAGGAGGAUGUAUUCUGCCGAUGACUCCCUGGAUGAUGAAGUACUUCGUCCUACAUUGACUCUGUCAGAAACCAGCUACCAGAGAGAGAGACUGGGAGACAAGACAACAGCUUAUCCUGCCGAGACGGCCAAAGAAGAUUCCACAAUGUUUGCAAAGAGACAGGACAGUGUAGCAGCUGAGAUUCAGCAUCCUUCUCAUAUUCCUGAAGAGCAGCGGCCGGCUCCUUUAUCUGCUGCGGAACCACACCAGGCCCCCUUGUCUUCUGCGGAGCCACACCAGGCUCCCUUGUCUUCUGCGGAGCCACACCAGGCUCCCUUGUCUUCUGCGGAGCCACACCAGGCCCCCUUGUCUUCUGCGGAACCACACCAGGCCCCCUUGUCUUUUGCAGAACCGCACCAGGCCCCCUUGUCUUCUAUAGAACCACACCAGGCCCCCUUGUCUUUUGCAGAACCACACCAGGGCUUCUUGUCUUCUGCAGAGCCUCACCAGGCCCCCUUGUCUUCUGCAGAACCGCACCAGGUCUCUUUAUCUUCCGCCGAGCCACACAAGGUCUCUUUAUCUUCAGUAGCACAGCGUCCAGUCUCGCUCUCGUUUCAGCAGUCGCUGAGUACAAGAGGAGAGUCGACUCGGAUUUCAGCUUCUCUCCCUAGAAGUUACCAGAAAGCCGAUACAGCCAGGUUAACAUCUGUGGUCACAGCAAGACCUUUUGGCACGCAGUCAAGGGGAAUCUCAUCACUGCCCAGAUCCUACACGAUGGAUGACAGCUGGAAGUACAAUGGCGGUGUUGAGAUUGUCAAGAGAGCUCAACAGAAUUUGGUCACAGCCCCUGCCCCGAAGCUUGACUCCACCCAGUUUGUUUUGGGUUCAUCCAGUGAAAAGGAGGCAGCCCCAGGAGAUGUGGCAAGCCUGUCCUCUUCCACACCCCUUUCUUCGCUCUUGCAAGACCAGACAGCCACUUCAAAAGCCACACACUCUGGAGGAGGGGGAAGCUCACCACUGAGGGACGUUUCAAGGUCCCAGGAUCAGUUCAGCGAUAUGAGAAUCAGCAUAAACCAGACGCCCGGGAGCCAACCUGACUUCGGGUUUACAAUAAAAUGGGAAUUUUCUGGGAUCUUCGUGGCAUCCGUUGAAAAAGGUAGCCCAGCAGAAUUUUCUCAGCUGCAGGUAGAUGAUGAAAUUCUUGCCGUCAAUAACACCAAAUUUUCAUAUAAGGAUACAAAAAAGUGGGAGGAAACCAUGGCAAGCGCCCAGGAAACUGGAAACUUAGUAAUAGAUGUCAGGCGCUAUGGAAAGUCUGACUGGGGCAGAGACCAACCUCCCCUGCCAUCUAUACGGCAUAAAACCCUCAAUCUUACCAGUGUGGCUACCAAAAUUAUAGGUUCACCCGAAACAAAGUGGACAGACACGACUUCAGGGAUUUACACCACGGACCAGUCCUCAAGUCUGUCGGUAACAACUGAUUUCUCUGAAAGCCUUCAGAGUCCUUAUACUGAAUCCAAAGAAAUCAAUGGAAUUCACGAAGAAAGCAACACCCUUGAUUCAAAAGCAUCAGAAUCCAUUUCUUUGCGAAAUUUAAAAAGGCGAUCCCAAUUUUUUGAACAAGGGAGCUCCGAUUCUGCGGGUCCUGAUGUUCCGGUUCCAACUCUCAAUGUCCCAAGUCGCUGGGCGUGGGAUCAAGAGGAGGAGCGAAAACGACAGGAGAGGUGGCAGAAGGAGCAGGACCGCCUACUCCAGGAAAAAUACCAACGUGAGCAAGAAAAGCUGAGGGAAGAGUGGCAGAAGGCUCAACAGGAGGCCGAGAGAGAGAAUUCCAAGUACUUGGAUGAGGAGCUGAUGGUCCUAAGAUCCAACAGCAUUUCUCUGACUACACGGGAGCCUGUGGCUGCCACUUGGGAAUCCACUUGGAGUGAAGGGUCCAAGUCUUCGGACCGGGAAGGAACACGAGCAGGGGAGGAGGAGAGAGGACAGCUGGAAGAGGAUGCUGUUCGUGAGGACAAAAGUCGGAAGCUGCAGGAGCAGCUCAUGCUUGAGCAGGAGAAGAAACGGAAGGAAGAAGCUCAGGAAGAAGAGCUUCGGAAGCAGCGGGAGGCUGAGGCCCAGGCGCAGGCACAGGCUGAGGCGGAAGCCAAGGCCCGAGCAGAGGCCCAGGCCCAGGCCGAGGCUCAAGCACGAAAACAAGCUGAAAUACAGAAGUACCAUGCAGAGAGGGAGCGAGAAACUUCGGUCAAGAUCUACCAAUACCGGAGGCCUGUUGAUUCCUAUGAUAUACCAAAGAGAGAGGAGGAAUCUUCAGGGAUGUUUUCUUCGGACAGGAGUAAGUCAAGAUCUACUACGGAACUAAAUGAUGCCCCCACAGAGAAAAAUGGAGGCAGCAAGUAUUCUGACCGAAUCGGGACUACUAGCUUUUCUCAAAGGAGCUCCAGGAAGGAUCAGGGCCCCUCAGAAGCAGAGCUGGAGAGACAGCAAAUCCUGCAGGAAAUGAGGAAGAGAACGUCUCUCCAUAAUGACAACAGCUGGAUCCGACAGCGCAGUGCGAGCGUGAACAAAGAGCCCAUCUGCCUGCCUGGGCUCAUGAGACGAGGGGAGUCCCUAGACAAUCUGGACUCCCAGCGGCCCGGUUCCUGGAGGCAGUCCCCAUGGCACAGCCAACCUGCAGGAGUCUAUGCCUCCUCCUCCGUCCAAGACUUCAGUCGCCCGCCUCCACAGCUGUUGUCCACAUCAAACCGUGCCUACAUGAGGAACCCAUCCUCUGCGGUACCACCUCCAGCUGGCUCUGUGAAGACCAUCACCCCAGGCCCUGCCCCCCCAGGGUCUCCUACCCCACGCAGCUGUUCCCCUUCCGUGUCACAGUCGGGCUCGCAGCUCCGCAACAGGUCAGUGAGUGGGAAGCGUGUGUGUUCCUACUGUAAUAACAUUCUGGGCAAAGGAGCCGCUAUGAUCAUCGAGACCCUGGGUCUUUGUUAUCAUUUACAUUGUUUUAAGUGUGUCUCCUGCGAACGUGACCUCGGAGGUUCCUCCUCAGGAGCUGAAGUCAGAAUCCGAAGCAACCAACUCUACUGCAAUGACUGCUAUCUCCGAUUCAAAUGUAAGAGAGCAAAUCAGAGAGAAAAUUUCUUGUCUUUUGAGGAGACCACGGGCUCCUAUGCCUUUUCCUGAGCCUGCAGCCACCUCUUCCUCAGGUUCACUACCAUAGGAUCGUGGGUCUCAGGGGUCAUAGUCUGUCCCAUUCAAAGAAGGGAUGUAGUGAAUCCGAACCACCUAGGAGGAGAUUGUGGGUUGGAGGAAUUGAGGGGGCUUGUACCAGAAAUCAGGACAUUGUCUCUGGUUUGCAAAGAUCCAAAAGAAACUUCUAAUGACUCCUGGGCUGAGAAUAGGGGUUAAGAGAAGUCUGCUUUCUGAUUAAUGCCUCAGCUCUCGUCAGCUCAUUUCCAUUAUCUGAUGACAAGAGCUUAUUAUGUGACUUAUAAUCAACUCUGAAAAUGAUUGAACCUAAGAGUAUCACUUUCUGCUUUAUGAUAAUAUGUAGCCAUAUAUCCAUACAUUUUUGAAGAAGAGAGCCUUAAUUCUGUUUAUAUGGAGUUUCAGUGUCAUUGAAUUAAAAACAAUUUAAAUGCUACUUCCUUUCUAAGUAUGUGUUUGAGCCUUGUGAAGUAUAGGGUAGCAUAACUUGGUUGUGUAUUGUUAUAGCUUCAGCAAGACAACAGUUAUUGCUGUGUAUCAUUUUGAACCUUGACGAUGGUAACAUGUUUCUUCCUUGUGAAAGGGUGUUACAAGUGGUACCUACAAACCUAUUGCUUUUGAACUCGGAGGUAUUUAUAUGGCCCCUUAUAUGAAGCGUGUUUGGAAAUGAUUUGAACUGAUCAACUCUCUUUUAUCUGUCAAUGGCUUCUGAGCCUUAUCUACUGGCUGUCCAGGCCUCUCUUGGAUAUUGACCCUGAAGUUGGGAGAAUAUCAAGGCUGGGCAUGGGAUCUGGGGUGGUGGUGUGUAUGUGUGUGCAUUUUUCUCUUUUAAAUCCAAAGCCAAAUAUCACUGAUUUUUGGAGCUAUUGCCCACGCCAUUUCUCUCCUUCAGUACAAAUAAUAGAGAGUUGCAGGCCUUUUGUUUUCUGAUUCAGCAGCUAGUUUUUACUCUGUUUUGCAAGUUAGAGUUCUAGACCCAAGAGGCUGCAUUCUGCCUAUCUUUAUCCUAAUACUGAGUGACAGGCACCUCUGUCUACCUCAUUGGGCCCCUCUGAGUGACAACUGCUAUGUAUCCCAUGUGCUGAUAUUCACAUGUUUUGAGUCUGAGCACCUUUCUCUCUUCUCUCCCUGCCUGAUCAGCUGGACGGCCAACCGCCAUGUGAUGUAAGCCUCCAUUCGAAAGCACUGUUGCAGAUAGAAGAAGAGGCGGUUGCCACUGAUGCAGAACUAUAAAUAUGUCUUGUAUGUCCCUCCCCCCCCCUUUUUUUUUUAAAAAAAAAACCAGAAGAACCUUUGCCUCAUUAGAUGACAUAGGAACACUGUAGUGUUGGUAGGACUUGUAUUUUUGCUGUUUAUUUAUAAGAUGGUAAUUUUGUCUGUGUGGGGGGAAGUGCAGUAUUUGCCUUUGAACUCAGUAUCCUAAAAGCACAAGUGGAAAAAAACCCCAAGAACUUAAAAAAAAAUACUUUUGAGGCCGAUGGUGAUCCAGUUUGACCCUUUUGUGGUGUUUUGAAGAGGGCAUUUUAUUUUUUAUUAAGUUCUGAAACGUUAUUUGAAAUAGUUAAUAUAAAUAUGUAAUUGUUUACUGUUUAUUGUAAUGUAUUCUAAGUUAAUGUGAAACUAUAUGAAAAAUUUUCAUUUAAAUCCACCCAUAAAUUUGCUUUUUGUGGCUUUCUUUACACAGAAAUAAUCCAAUUGAGAAAUAAUUUUGUUCAUGGAAUGUUUUAUUUGCUUGAAGAGGGCAUUCUAUUUUCCUUACAAGGACUGUUGUUGCUGAGCAAAUAGAAUAGGAAGCUGUUUAUUUCCAGCAAUGAAAAAUAACCAUGGUUUGCACCAGGAAGUUUUUCAAGACACUAGUGAGCUUUUCUGUUCAGUUGCCUUUGUAAAUAAAAUUGGUGAUGCGUUUAA